CCAUCUUAUACAGCCACGAGGUUGACAGGGAAAGGGAGAAGAAAAUAAAAACCCCGAAUCUCCCGGAACAGCUCGGGAUUGUGGAAAUAUUCGGCCAGAAUUUGGGUCUCCUAGCCGUUUGGUAGCUUCCCGGGUACGUGCGCGCGUUUGUUUUGAUCAUCAGCAGCGAACGAUUAUGGGACACGGACACGGACAUGGACCACCGUAUAAGGUGCCGGAUGCGUCAAUCUACAAGGUUGCCGAUGCACCGGAACUGGUCGAAGUGGAGCGCGCCCUGGCUCGCCGGGGUCUGAAGGAUCCGUGGCUAAGGAACGAAGUGUGGCGCUACAACGUUGCCCAGUUCUCGACUCACCGUUCGCGUCUGAUCACCUUCCUGUUCAAGGGUUUCCCGCUCGGAUUCGCCGCUUUUGUAGCCACACUCGGAGUGGAGUAUGCGCUCGGUGUAGACUACCAUGGCCAUGGUCACGGCAAUGGACACGGUGAUGGCAAGGGUCACGGUCACGCAGACGGUGGUCAUCAUUAAAGGGCGCUUGAGAGCGAGUGCGGUGUUGAUUCAUGCUGUCAUGCAUUAGAGUUUAUUUCCAAAAUAAUUCUGCCUGGAAUUUGAAUAAAUUGCAUCCGAGCAGUCAA